GUUAAAGAAUUGUUGACAAUAUUGCAGCCUUUUGAAGAGAUAACAAGAAUUACAAGCUUUAACUUUUCGUGCAUUUCAGAAGUCAUACCGCACGUAAAUAUUCUGCUCAAAUAUUUGGCCAAACCUGCAAGUGAUGACUCAAACACUGUUACAAUGAGGAAAAGAUUACAAACGGAGUUAAAAGCCCGAUUUGAAGGUAUUCAAGAUGACAUUGUGUACACGCUCGCCACAAUUUUGGAUCCCAGGUACAAACUCAAUUUCUUCAGCAAUGACAAAAUAGAACCUGCAAGAAAAGCCUUCCUCAUAGAAGCUGUCGCGAACUACAUUUACAUAUCGCUUUCCAGUAUCCGUAAAAGCAUUAGCUCAUUCGAUAGGUUAAUAAGUAUGGUGAGCUUGACGACAGAAGCCAUAAAAAAUAAUGAUGACGAAGAUAGCAGUAACGAUGACGAAGAGCUGCCACGUAAUAAAGAGAACAUACCUUCAAACGAGACUCACGCAGAUUUCUGGAGCUGCUUCGAGGAAGUUGCAUCAGCAAAACCAACUUUAUCCCAACCCAUUGAAACAACUAAAAGUCCUAUUGCUGCAGAAUUGGACAAAUAUCUCCAGGAGAAUUUACUUCAGCGGGACAGAAGACCUUAUGAAUGGUGGGUAAAAAAUAAAGCAAAAUAUCCACUAAUGGCGCACCUCGCUAAAAAAUGGUUGGCAGCUCCUGGCUCUUCGGUUUACAGCGAAAGAUUAUUCUCUGAAGCGGGUAAUAUUUAUGAGAGCAGAAAGUUUAGUAUUUCUGUAUCAUAA